UAAAAUCAAAAUAUGAAGUCCUGCUCCCAAAUCCUAUAACCAAACACCUACUAAAAACUUGUCCUGAACACCUCAACUUUGACCUUGAGAAACUUGCCCAAUCCACUUACGUGCAACAUCAUAUAAAAAAGUAGAGUAAAAGAAUGAAACAGAAUCCUUCAGAAAAUCAUGGAGUUGGAUACUAUCCUUGUUCUUGUUCUAGUAUUUUCUUGUUCGUGGUUACCUCUUUUCCCUAGCCAAAACACUGUUAAAACAGGUGAAUCAAUCACUGCUAAUCACAAAUUAGUUUCAGCUGGUGGUAGUUUUGCCUUAGGAUUUUUCACCCCAGCCAAUUCUACUUUUAUCUACCUUGGCAUAUGGUACAAUACUAUCCCUGAACAAACAGUUAUUUGGGUUGCUAAUAGAGAAUCUCCAAUCCCUCAGAAUUCUUUUCCAGUUUUCACUAUUGGAGAUGAUGGAAAUUUAGUGAUUUUUUAUGAAAAGGAUAAACUCAUUUGGUCAUCAAAUGUUAAAGGGGAGUUAUUAACUUCAAAUUCUACCGUGGGAGCAUUGUUAGAUAACGGAAAUCUUGUUCUCAAACACGGUGAGUCCAACAUAUUGUGGGAUAGUUUUGAACAUCCUACUGAUACAUUAAUACGCGACAUGAGACUCGGUUUCAAUAAAAUUAGUGGCCUAAGAACCGUGAUUAAUUCGUGGACAAGUAAUGAAGAUCCUCGGCCUGGAAAUUUCUCUUUUGGAAUAGACGGGCGUAUGCGUUUUUACACUUGGAAGCAGAACGGUAUUCAUUAUAGAUUUGACGAUAGUAGCAAAGGGUAUAUGCUACGAAUCGCGUGGUAUUUCUCUGUUAUUACUGAUAAUGAAAAUGUAUUUCUUACUUUAGCUUACUACAAAAGCCCGUUAAGAUUAAGAGUCGUUUUGAAUCCUAUCGGGUACCUUCAGGUGAUGGUGUGGAAUCGGAAUGGUAGUAAUAAGUGGAAUAUUGAAUUUCAACUACCACAAGUUAAGUGUGAACUUUAUGCACACUGUGGUCCAUUUGGCAGUUGUGGGAUCAGAUCAAGUGGAUUAUGCAGAUGUUUAACAGGGUUUGAACCAAAGUUUCUCAAAGAUUGGGUAAACGGGAAAUGGAAUGAAGGUUGUGUGAGAAAAAUAGCGUUGGGAUGUGAUGGUGGAGAUAGGUUUUUGAAACAUGAGAAUAUGAAGUUACCUGAUCAUGCUAUUUUCUUAGGAAAUAUGAGUAUUAAAAAGUGUGCAACUCAGUGCAUUAGGAACUGCUCCUGCUCAGCAUAUGCUUGUUCGAAAAACGCCUGUUUUAUAUGGCUUGGAGAUUUACUGGAUCUUGCUGAUGACAUUACCAGCAGCAGAGCUCUCUAUGUUCGAGUUCAUGGCUCCGAGCUAAUAACUGAUGAUUUAUCUGGGAAUUCAGCUCAAACAUACAAAAUUAUCAUUGCAGAAGUUGUUUCUACAAUUUUUGUUAUCUUGCUUCUUAUUAGUAUCUUCGCCUGUAUCUUCAAAAGAAAGCACUUGAAAAGACCAGAUAGGAUGAACAGAAAUUCUUCUCUAGUUAGCUCCGUGCCUAGUGGAUCUUUAGUUGCGAAAGACAAUAUGAAGUUGGUACAGUACAGCCUGCAGAAUGUAAGAGAUGCUACAAACAACUUCCACAAAGAUAACAAAAUUGGAGAAGGUGGUUUUGGCCCUGUGUUUAAGGGGUUCCUGGAUGAGCUCGGAUAUGUAGCCAUCAAACGGCUAAGCAGGAGGUCAUCACAAGGACUGGAGGAGUUCAUGAAUGAGUUGAAGCUAAUCGCGAAAUUGCAGCACAAAAAUCUCGUCAGCCUCUUAGGAUGCUGUGUUGAAGGAGAGGAGAAGAUACUGAUCUAUGAGUAUAUGCUGAAUUGCAGCCUGGACAAAUUUCUAUUUGACCCUUUGCUGAAGGUUACACUCGAUUGGGGUACACGUUUGGGGAUAAUAGAAGGAAUUGCACAAGGAGUGCUUUACCUACACAAAUACUCAAGACUAAAAGUCAUUCACAGGGACUUGAAGGUAAGCAACAUUCUGCUAGAUCAAGAGAUGAUUCCUAAAAUAUCAGACUUUGGAAUGGCAAGGAUUUUCGGGACUGGUCAAACACAGGCCAAUACAAAACGAGUGGUUGGUACAUAUGGCUAUAUAUCUCCAGAAUACGUAGUUUAUGGCCAGUUUUCAGAGAAAUCAGAUGUAUUCAGCUUUGGAGUAUUGCUGUUGGAAAUUCUGACUGGUGAACGAAACUCAGACUUCUUCAUGACUGAUAUUUCUAUGUCUCUAUUAGGAUGGGCAUGGAAAAAGUGGAAAGAAGGAAGAGUAUCGGAGUUGAUUGAUCCAUCAAUAAGGGAAACCUGCGACAGUAACAAAGCAACAAGGUCAAUGUUGGUUGCUCUUCUUUGCGUUCAAGAAAAUCCAACAGAUCGGCCAACAAUGUCUGAUAUAGUUGCCAUGUUAAGCAACGAAACGUUAGCCAUCCCUGAGCCAAAAGAACCAGCUUUCCGCAGCAGCUGGCGACCUCAGAAGUUAAAAGACUUUUCCAUAAAUGAGAUGACAUUUAGUUUGCCAGGACCUCGAUGAGAGGAUUUAGCCUCCAUAUUUCUUAUGCAAGUAAUCUUGUUAAGAAAAUAACCAUCUUGUCGAAAUCAAUAUCUGCAAUUGUGGUAUGGUCUUUUUUCUCUGUGAGAGAUAGUUUUUUUAUUUUGUUUGUAUAAAGGAGAGAUGGUUGGCACCCAACUACUGUUCCAGAAUAGGAAUUUUAGCUGUUAAUUUGGGUAAAACCACACAAUGAUACAUCAAGAAAGUAUACAUAUAUGAAAUAAUACCAAGUUUUAUUCUUCUUUUCGAGCUUUUAACCAAAAUCAUCUCUCUUGUUUCACCCCAACUUUCACUACAUCCUUAUAAUAUUUCACUUAACCGAAAACAUCUACUUCUACUAUAUUAGAAACGGGACCUGGGGUACGAACAAGGGACGAACAGGGGUGUUUUGGUAAUUACAAGUUCAUUUAGGGACCUUCUGGUCAUGCCACAUUUUGUUUUCUACACUUUCUCUCUGUAUGUCUCUGUAUCUUGGUGUUUAUCUUAGUUCUCUGUGUUUGUGAGUUUUUACUACACUUUCUUUGUUUGUAAUCGCCCCUUUUUGGGGGAUUGAUUCUUUUGCUGAAAGUUCUUCUACAUGCAUCUCAAUUAUUCUUUUAGUUUUCUCAAAAAGAUGUAUAAGCUUAGUUAAUGAUGGCGAGUUCUCAAGGAAAUCAAAAAAGAAACGAAGAUGAAGAAGCAACAGUGGAAUUUUAUGGAAAGAGAAGUGAUUGGGUUUCUUUUGACUAUUCAGGGAUUGUUGUUUUAUUCUACAAACAUAUAAGGCAAUAUGAACUCUGAUGCACAUAAGCUGUUUGAUAGUAUGCCGACCCGAGACAACUGACAACUCUUUAACUACUUUGUUUUUGUCAUAAAAUUUCUACGACCUACUCCUCUUUCAGUCAAUGAUCUAAAAGGUACACUACUUAUUUCUACUGGACAGUAUUAGCAAACAUCAUCUGUGUUAUUUAUGGUUGUGCAAAAAAUUUGCUUGAAACAUGUAUAAUUUGCUUGCAUUAUGGUUUCUGGAAUGGCAAAAAGUUGACUACUA